GGAUGAAAAAUACAUUUCGCGACUUUGAACUCUUAAACAAUUUUUCCAUUUUAUUGUUGUAUACAAAACAUUUAAUAAUUGAUCAAAACAAUAAUAAAAAUGAAUUGUUUAUUAUGUUUAAAAAUAAUUGAAGAUGUUAAAAAUGGUAUAGCAAUCAAUUCCAACGUUUGGCAAGAACUAAAUAUACAAUAUAUUAUUGAAAAAUACCUUUGGAAAAUGGAAAAUUUAAAUUCUGACUCUCAUGUAUGCCAAGCAUGUUGGCAGGAAUUGUUCAAUUUCCAUAACUUUUACACAGAUAUAGAAAAGGCUCAUACAAAUUUAAAUACUUUAAUAAAAACGGAAUUAAUUUCCGAUGAUAUUUCCAGCGAGAAAGACGAAGUGGCAGAGAAAAUAGAUAACACUCAGCUAGAACCGGAAAUAUUACUAUUAAAAGAGGAAAACCCAUUGGAAAUCUUUGAAAAAGAGGAAGUAGAAGAAUUUAGUUGUUCCAAGAAACGUUUGAAACGUAAAUGUACUUCUAAAAAAGUAAAUAAUGAUGAACAAACUAUUGAGAAAAGUGUUAACAAAAAACGAACUAAAAAGGCCAAAAGUAAAGCUGAAACAAAGAAAGUGGAAAGUGAAACAAAUCAAGAAAAAACUAGUUACGAAUUAAAGGAUGUGGAAAAUAUCACUAAAGAAAGCAAUUCCAAUGAAAGUUCUAAUGAGCAGGAAGCUCCUCAAUUUGAAAGUGAUGACGAAGAAGCCACAAAUACUGUCGAAUCCCUUAAAUUGCAUGCUCAACGUCAGGAAUAUGAUAAAUUCAUAGCAGAAAACCUGGAAAUAACUUGUACCAUUUGUCAAAUUCCACUGGAAACAUUUUCCAUUACCGUUAAACAUUAUAAAGAAGAACAUAAUCAACGUGGCUAUGCCAUCUGCUGUAAUCGAAAGCUGUAUGAUCGUUCAGAGAUAAUGGAUCAUUUUAAGUUGCAUGAAGAUCCCGAAUAUUUCAAGUGUAAAUAUUGUAAUAAGGUCUUAUCGAGUCGUGUUUGUCUGAAAUUGCAUAUCAAAAACGUUCACGAACACAAGGGUAUUGAGUGUGACAUCUGCGGCAAAAGUCUGUCAACGGAAUCAAGCCUUAAAAUGCAUAAACUGAUGCAUGAUGCUGAAAAUAAUGAAAAAAUCCCAUGCAAACAAUGUGAUAAGUCCUACCUCUCGAAAUAUUCCUUGGCUAAUCACAUACGCGCUGUUCAUUUAAAAAGUUAUCACAAAAUUUGUGAUUUAUGUGGUGCAUCUAUAUCGGGAAAGUCUAGAUUUAAACGUCACAUGCUAGAGCAUGAAGGUAAACCUCCACCCAUGGUAACAUGUGAAGUCUGCGGUCGUCGUCUGGCCGAUAUGAAAUACUUAAAGCGUCACAUGAAUUCUCAUCAUCCACCCGAAGGUGUUAAGAAUGAAUUUAACUGUCCCAUAUGCAUGAAAAUCUUUGCUAGCCCUUCUAAUGUUAAGAUGCAUAUAAAAGUGGUACACGAAAAUAGUUAUGAAAGAAAAUGUAACUUGUGUGAGAAAACCUUCAAAAGACCCGAUGCAUUAAAGGAUCAUAUGGCCAAGCAUAUUGGUAAACCGUUACAUUCCUGUGGCUUUUGCCCUAAGACAUUUUAUUCGAAUGGCCAGAUGCAUGCACAUCGAAAAAGAGUUCAUCCAUUGGAGUGGCAGGAAUCGGUACGAGAAAAAUUUUCCGGAAAUUUACCAGAAAAAUAUAUUGCAAAACCAUUAGAAAAUCAAUAAACUAUAAGUAGAGAAAUAAAAAGAAAAAAAAAUUGAAACCAAUAUUGUAUUAAUAUCCAGGAAAAUGUUUAGUAUUUGUUUUAAAUUUAUAUAAAGUUUUUUAAAUUUGAU